AUGAUCUUAAUCGCCACGAUGUCACAUCGAGAUUCUUCUGCAGCGGAUGGCUCCAGUAAAGGAAACCGACUCUCUGCGGCGCUACACAAUUUAAAAGUACAUGCGAUACACCAGAAACACAAAAUAGGGAAGCUCGGAAACAUUGUAAACAAGAACCACCGGCACGACGAAGAACAUGAGAUACGGACAGAUAAACGUCGAGCCGAGAUCUGUGAAAACAACAGGUUCAAUUCCUACUUCCCAAUACGUAAUGGCAAUAUCGUCAAAUGGUUUGUAGACGGCCGAGACUACUUCUGGGCGGUGUCCACAGCCCUUGAGCAGGCCAAAGAGUCGAUAUAUAUUACCGAUUGGUGGCUCUCGCCUGAGCUUUUUCUCAGACGCCCACCUUACAGCAAUCAAGAGUACCGCCUCGACAAGUUACUCAAACGCAAAGCAGAGGAGGGUGUCCAAAUCUACAUUUCUGUGUAUAAGGAGGUCGAGCAAGCCCUGACAUGCAACUCUGCUCACACUAAGCAUGCAUUGCGAAGGCUGUGUCCCAAAGGAACGCCCGGUCACGGAAAUAUCCAUAUUGCCCGUCACCCCGAUCACAACAUUUUUGAGAACUUUGGCGACAUGGUUUUUUACUGGGCUCAUCAUGAAAAGUUCAUUGUCAUCGACUAUGAGCAAGCAUUUAUUGGAGGCCUAGAUCUAUGCUUCGGACGAUGGGAUAAUCACCAGCACCCUCUUUCAGAUGUCCAUCCCACCAAUGUUCAAGACGAAGUCUGGCCAGGACAAGACUUUAAUAACAAUCGGGUCAUGGACUUCCAGAACGUUUCUUCGUGGCAAGAUAAUGAGUUGAGCAAGGCUGAUUAUGGUAGGAUGCCUUGGCACGAUGUUGCUAUGGGAAUACAAGGCUCUGAGUUUGUUUAUGAUGUAGCAGAACACUUUGUAUUGCGAUGGAAUUUCGUCAAACGUGAUAAAUAUAAGAGAGACGAGAGAUUCGACUGGUUGGUGUUGGAGAACAGGGAGAAUGAAGACGAGGACCUUAUUGGCGUACAACGCCCGAAACACCCCGUUGGAGAAUACGUUAAGCAUCCUUACACUCCUCUAAGUACUAAAAACCUUGAAAACAGAGGCACAGUCAACUGCCAGCUCGUCCGAUCAAGCGCCGACUGGAGUAGCGGUAUUCUGACCGACCACUCCAUUCAGAACGCGUAUAUUGAGAUCAUCUCCAAGGCUCAGCACUACGUUUACAUCGAGAACCAGUUCUUUAUCACUGCAACAGGCGAUCAGCAGGCUCCGAUCAAGAAUACUAUUGGCCGCGCGAUUGUCGAUGCCGUUGUGAGGGCUGCAAAAGAGGGCCGCAAAUUCCGCGUCAUCGUUCUUAUUCCUGCCAUUCCUGGAUUUGCUGGAGAUCUCAGAGAGCAAGCUGCUACGGGCACGCGAGCUAUUAUGGAUUACCAGUACAAGUCUAUUUGUCGGGGUGAGCAUUCUAUCUUCGGACAAUGUCGCACUGAGGGCGUAGACCCGGAGAAGUACAUUUUCUUCUUCAACUUGCGAUCUUAUGAUCGUCUUAAUAAAACUCCUGCUAUCAUCAAAGCUGAGAAGGAGACCGGUAUCAGCUACCAACAGGUGCAGCGUGCAGAAGCUGAGGAGAUCAUGGGCGAAGGUAUUCACGGCUCAUAUGACCCCGAGGAUAGUGAGGGCGAUGAACACAUGCGUGGCGAUAAAAAGCAGAAGGAGCUUGAUGAGGAUAUCAAGAAAACCAUGGAGGCACGAAAGAAGUUUGAAGCUGCCAUGCCCAAGGAGGAAGUCCACACAACUUCCUCUGUUGCACACCAUGCUAUGGCUGGUACUGGUGAAGGCCUAAAGGGUGAGUCUUGGUUUGAGGAGGAUCCUGAGUCAGAGAUCAAGAACUGGAUUCAGGAGGAGCUUUACAUCCACGGCAAGUUGCUGCUGGUCGAUGACAGAAUUGCCAUCUGCGGAAGCAGUAACCUUAACGAUCGAAGUCAACUGGGUGACCACGACAGUGAGCUUAGUGUUGUCAUGGAGGACACGCGCCUCAUCCCUAGUACUAUGGAUGGAAAGCCCUUCGAAGCGGGUUAUCACGCAGCAACCCUACGUCGAUACCUUUGGCGUGAGCACAUGGGUCUCUUGCCCCCUCAACCCCAUGAUGCUUCGCAAGACAUCAACGCCAUGCCUCCGACCGUCAACCCCAACAACGAUAUCUACGACCAAGAUGAGAGCUACAAGUUUGUUGAAGAUCCUCUCAGCGACGAACUCUGGGAGAAGUGGACAAGCCAGGCAGACAAGAACACCGAGCUAUUCCGCCACUUAUUCCACGCCGAUCCAGAUGACCAUAUCAGGACUUUCGACGAUUAUGAUCGAUAUCUUCCUCCACGUGGUGUCAAAGCUGGCCAUAUCUUUGACCAGUUCAUGCCUCCCGAAGACGCCAGAGAGAAGCUGUCGCAAAUCAAGGGCCAUUUGGUUUGGUUCCCCUUGCACUUCCUUGAAGAUGCUGAGAUGGCGGAAUGGGGAUUGCAGGUCAAUUCUGUGACUGAGUCUAUUUACACGUAA